UUGUUUUUGGGUAAUUUGCCAAUGAUGAGCGUCACCUGCUUUGAAUCCGUCCAGAGCUCCUUCAGACUUCUGACUGGCACUUUGAGAGUUUCGCUGUUUCCUGUUUGGGGUUUUGUUUCGUGGCCACGAUGCCUCGCGUGCCGCCUAUUUACUCUGAUUUCUUCUACGCUCCUCUGACUGAAGACGUGGAGGAACUCCUGGCUCGUUUCCAGCAGACUGACUCCGUCCGGUACGAGGUGUUUUCGGCCAUCUGGAGGGAGAUGGGCUUCUCUGACGUCUUCAUAGGUAUCACCAGCAUGGCUGAGAUGAAGAGAUUCUGCAGAGUGGCGCUGGCCACAGCCGUGAAGUACUUCCUGCCUCCGUACAGCUACCAGAUCCGAGUGGGAGGCCUGUAUUUGAUGUUUGGUUUGUACCACACUCAGCUCGCAGCUCCGCCGGUGAAGAUCAGACUCGCUCUGAGGGACUGGGGUCUGAUUCAGAAGUUUGUGAAGGACUCUGCGGAGGCUGAGCACCACGAUGUCGUUUACAUCUUUGAGAAGCUUGCUGCGAGCAAAGCCAUACACUACACCGCCAUGUCUCAUGUUCUCACCUUCCAGAAGCAGAGGAAGCCGAAGAAGGAGCCCGUGUGCGCAGAGUUUCUCGGGAGGAGCACGGCGAUCCAGGAGCUCCUCUCUGCCGAAAUCCUGGAGGAGCUGAACAACAUCCAGAGCCAGUACGAGAAGCUGAAGGAGGUGACGGUGAAGGUCAGCUGCCAGGCCACCAUGACACAUCGAGACUUUGCCGCCGGCCUGAAAGAGUGCAUGUCAGAGUUCAUCGCCUGGCAACAGAAGACUUUCUCAAAGGACAACAAAGACAAGAAGUCUCGUGAUGAUGAUGAUGAUGAGGAGGAGGACGAGGAGGACGAGGAGGAGGAGAAGCCAACGGAGUCCAGCAGCAGCAGAGCCAAACUCGUGUCCGCCAUCAAGCAGAAGAGCUACGGAAACUACCAGGAGGCGUCCAAGUCCAGGAGACACCGGCAGGCCAAGACGGUGGACUCCAGCUCAGGGGCAGAGCAAGUCCAGGAGACUGUGGGUCUGCACCGAAAAAAGAGGCCUCCCUCGCUGCGGGCUCGCACCUGGAAGAGUCUCGGGGUGACGGCGAAGGAGAGCAAGCUCCAGAACUGGCUGCUGAGCGCUCCGGAGCAGCAGGAGAAGCUGCCGGUGAAGAGGACCAACCAGACGGCUCCUUUCAAAGGAUGAUGGGAGGAAAGAGUUUCAGACGCACGAAGACGCUCUGUGCUUUGCUUUUGUUCUUCCAGGUUAAAUGAAGUUAAUUGGUUUGGAAAAUACCUUUUAUUUUUAUAAACAGCUGGAUUUGAGCUGAUUUUCACUUACUUUGCAACUAGAAUCCUUUAAUUUGUUAAUAAAUGUAUUCACUCACUCUGCCUUUAUUCCCCACCCUCUCGUUUUCACUCUUAACACUUUGAAACCUGAGCAAGUUGGCUUGAUUUGAUUUCAAAAACUUGGGAAGAAGGCAAUGAAA